UUUGUGGGAUUUUGAUUAUGAGAUUGGACCCAGAUCAUGAAUUUGUUUCCUUUGAACGAUGUAGUGAUAAAGCCUUAAUCUUUAACCUUUUACAGCUCGUUGAAGCUACUUUGGUCUUGGUUCUGUGCCGCCAAGUUCAUCGCUUUUUGUUUAUCUAGGGAGUGUUGAAAUUGUUCUAGUCACCAAAGGAAUCUUAAGGCUUUGGAUUACUUGUUUGUUGGUGUUAUUCGGUAGCUUUGGCCUAGGAGAGUAAUGAUGUCCUUAUUUUGGCGGAACAACGAUGCUAACUGAGCUCUAGGAUUGACCAAAUUCGCUUGGUAGUCGUAAUGGAGAAUGCAGAUGGUGGGUACAUGGGAGUACAAGCUGAGGAAUGUGUAGUUGGGGGACUGAGAUAAAGCAGUGUCGUCGCGCUGAGUUGUUUCUUCUUAGCUCUCUUAUGCACCGAGAUAGGGGUUCCUUGAGAAAACAGGAAGGUGACAUGGUCUAUAUAACUGGAAAGUUAAAGAAGCUCCGAACCUCCCCAUAAUUUUUUCUUAAACUCAACUCACUGUUUCUUACACACAACUCAUUCUCUCUUGUACACAACAUACCUUGUUUCUGUUCUUAGCUAUUGCAAGCAAUCCUUGUCUCGCUGGCAUAGCCUAAAAAAAGAGCUAUUUUUUUUCCUUACAUCUAGUUCAAAAGCCAAAAGGAUUUUUUUUUCUUUUCUUUUCUAGAGUAGUAUAUGAGAAACACUCUUUUCUAUCUUAGAAAUUUUUUGGUUUUCUAACAGACUUUGCUAGACGGAUAGGCUUUUUUUUCCUGUGAUGUUCCUAUAGAUUUUUUUUUUCUUUUGCCACUUUGGUUUAUAGGUUUAGAGGUGUCUAACCGUAAAACUCAAACUCAAGUCUUGAAUCUCGAUAUUGAACGGGAGACUAUGAAGAAGAAGCAAUCAAGCAAAGAGCAUGAUACAAGUCCCACCAAGAGAAUUCGUAUCAUAUAUGAUGAUCCCUAUGCCACUGAUUGUUCGAUUGAAAAUGAUACGGAAUGUAAUGUUAAGAAAAAUAGAUCAGUGUGUAAUAAGCGUGUUAUUUCAGAGAUCUUGGUUGGAGGUGCUCCAUGUAAAUCAUUGGCAAAUACUUCAUUAAAUUGCAACACCUGUGGUACCAACUAUGGUGAUUGUAUGGAUCUUGAUGACAGUAGUAAAACUCAAAGAUGUGCCACCAAAUAUAAGGGAGUUCGGCGUAGACAAUGCGGAACAUAUGCCGCGGAGAUUCGAGAUCCAUUUAGAAAGACUAGAGUGUGGCUUGGCACUUAUGGUACUGCAGAGGAGGCUUCUAUGGCUUAUCAGAAAAAGAGGGUUGAGUUUGACAAUUUAAUGAAAACUCAAACAUGUGCCACCAAUAUGGGAGUCCAGCAUAAACAAUCAAGAACAUAUGCAGAGGAGGCUGCUAAGGCUGUUAUUGCUCAUGAGAAAAGGAUGGUCGAGUCUGGCAACAGUAAGAAAAUCCGAAGAUGUGGUAACAAAUAUAAGGGAGUUCAUCGUAGAAAAUCGGGAAAAUAUACAGCGGAGAUUCGAGAUCCAUUUCGAAAGACUAGAGUAUGGCUUGGCACUUAUACUACUGCCUUGGAGGCUGCUAAAGCUUAUCAGAUAAAGAGGGUCGAGUUUGACAACAUACAGUUAAUGAAAAAGACUAAGAAUAAUCUUGAGAAGUGGCAAUUAUCAGACAAGGCCAAGGGACUGUGUGAGACCAUGCAUAAUUAUCAAGGGGAUCAUUUAUCAGAGGGGAGUCAGGAUUUCUCAGCUGAUGCUGUUAUUGAACCUGUUUCAUAUGAAGACACCAAAAAUGAAGAGUCCACUUUGCAGGUUUCUAGACAAGAAGGCGCUGUGCCACCAGAUUUUGAAGAAGGGCAAUGCAACUUGAAGGCUUUUGAGAAGCCAACAUUGUUGCCAGAAGUACAUUUGAAUAUUGGGCUUGUUAAUAAUUACAUGCUGGAAUGCUUGGAUCGGUAUUUUGAUGGUAUGACUGACAUAGUUGAUUAUCCUGCUUGCGAUGAUGAAUGGUGGGUUAUCAGUCUUCCCUCUCUUGACUUUGAUUGAUUUGGUGACCAGUGCCAAUUAUACAAGAAGGAUUUACUUGGUUUAAUUUAAAAUUAAAUUUGAUUACAGUAACCAUGGGUUUUGUAAUUAACAAUUUAGUUGUAGAUAUAAACUAAGAACUUUAGACUUUACUAAACCAAAAGUAUUGGAAAACGUCUGAGUGGUCUAGAGGUUAAUUUUGUCUCUGGAGAGAGUUUUUCAGUGGAGCUGUCCUGGAUUUAAACUCUCAGAUUGUUAUAAAGAGCAGAGUGACUAGCUGUAUUUAAACUUGUUCGUCUUGCAAAAAUUCUUUAACAAAAGUGACAUUGCUAAAAAGAUUAAAACGUUCUUCAGCAUAGAAAUAUUCUGUAAUAGAAUGAUAUUGUGUCUUUUAAUUCUGGAAAGUGGACUGUUCUACUUCAGUUAUAUUGCGAGGAUGAAACUAUAGUCUAUUGUGUUAUGAUUUCUGAGAGAAAUGAUG